AUGGAUUCGGACUAUUUGCUGUUCCCCAUGGAGGGUGUUUAUGAUGGCGAGGAGGACUACCAGGUGUUCCUCCCUGAUGGACAGAUGUUGUGGCUGGGACAGGUCGAUCCAGAUGCGGGAGCCAACAACGCCGGGGCCUGUUUCCCUAAACAAGAUCCCGAGCGAGGUGGCAGUCACAUGAUCUCCACUGAUGACUUGGAGUACCCCCGAGAGUACCGGACGCUGGGGAACGCUCGGAGAUUCUCAAAUGUGGGCCUCGUGCACACGUCGGAACACCGGCACACCGUCACGGCCGCGCAGAGUCUGGAGGCCCUCACCAACCUCCACAAAGCCGACAUGGAGCGCAAACGGGACGCCUUCAUGGACCACCUCAAGAGCAAGUACCAGCAGCAACAACAGCAGCUGCAGCACCACAGCCCCCACCAUACCCCGCCCUCGCCCUCCCCGUCCCACGGCAGUAUGAGGUCAUCAGAGCGCGCCGCAAGAGAAGCACGAGACCAGCAACAGCCCAACUACUGGAGCUUCAAGAGUCGCAGUCCAAGGCACUCCCAAUCCACCCAGUCCGGGCUCGCCGACCAGGCCGCCAAGCUCUCCUUCGCCUCGGCUGAAUCCCUGGAGACCAUGUCCGAGGCAGACAUGCCCAUCGGCUUCAACCGUAUGAACCGCUUCCGUCAGAGCCUGCCGCUAUCCCGCUCCGCCAGCCAGAAUAAGCUCCGAUCUCCAGAUGAGUUUUCAGGAGUGCUAUUCCUACAGUAUGGAGACGAGACAAGGCGUGUGCACAUCACCCAUGAGCUGACGAGCAUGGACACCCUCCACGCCCUCAUUGUGCACAUGUUCCCCCAGAAGCUAACAGCGGGUAUGCUAAAGUCACCCAACACAGCCAUUUUGAUCAAAGACGAGGCUCGCAAUGUUUUCUACGAACUGGAGGACGUGAGGGACAUCCAAGAUCGGAGCAUCAUCAAGAUUUACCGCAAAGAGCCCAUCUAUGCCUCCUACCCCGCCGCCGCACACCUGGCUAAUGGGGACCUAAGGAGAGAGAUGGUGUACUCCUCGCGGGACUCUUCUCCAACGCGCCGCCUCAACACUCUGCCCUCCUCAGGCUCUGCAUCCGGCUCUCCCUCACGCUCCCGCCUCUCCUACAGCGGGGGGCGCCCUCCGUCCAUCGCAGGUUCCCAGCAUGACCAGCCUAGACACCCCCAUCACGGUUCCCCUGGACACGGCCCUAACACGGGUCUCACCCCCUCUCCGAGCGCCAUCCUGGAACGCCGCGAUGUCAAGCCAGAUGAAGAGGUUUCCGCAAAGAACAUGGCCCUAAUGAAGAAUGAAAGUCUAUAUGCAGAUCCCUAUAGUUUGAUGCAUGAGGGGCGUCUUAGCAUUGCUUCUACCCAGUCGCUAGCUGCUAUUGGAGACCCUUUUAGCUUUCCAGUUACAAGUGGCUUGUAUCGGCGUGGUUCUGUCCGCUCUCUAAGCACGUACUCAGCCGCUGCUCUGCAAUCGGAGCUAGAUGACCCUCUAUACAAGCCCGGAAGUUCAAUUUAUGACACUUAUUCCUCAGCCACAUUGGGUAUGGGAUUUCGUAUGCCGCCCUCCUCCCCUCAAAAAAUCCCAGACAUUCGGGAAAGGGACUACUCCAGCACACCGCGGGCUUCACCUGUCAGACAGACUUUCCGUAAAGACUCUUCCUCCUCAGUGUUUGUGGAUAGUCCUAAAUCCAGACCCAGCUCCAGCUCAGAGCCUCUCUGUUUGACAGCAGGACCAGGGGAGAGUGGCCGCGCCACCCCAGGAUUUGGAUCACUGUCGGGGCAGGACUCAGAAACCAGCAGGGACCAUCGUUUAGAGAGGAUGGAGGCCAUGGAGAAGCAGAUUGCCAGUUUGACCGGCCUGGUACAGAGUGUGCUGACCAGAGCGCCCGAUAGUGACAGCACGUGCGGCCUGCUGCGUCUCUGCAUGAUGGCGGGCUGCCCUCCGGACCAAGGGACGGACUUCUCACGGACAUUACCUUUCUCUUCCAGCGAGAAGACCGAAACCAACAGCGACGGCUCGGCUACAGGAACUGGACGACAUAAGCGCAAAGGUACCCACACGCCCUCGGCUCCUCUGGCUCUGAUGCCUCCGCCUCCGACAAACACCCUCCAUGUGAACAGCGUCGGACGAUUGCAGAUGAAGCUCCACCUCCAUGGGCUGCAGCAGAACGCCACAGACCUGCGUAAACAGCUGACCCAGCUACGCAAAAUGCAGCUUGAGAACCAGGACUCGAUCCGGACUUUGCUGAAGCGGACAGAGACGGAGCUGAAUGUACGUGUGGCCGAUGCCCUGAGGAAACAGGAAGAUCCCCUGCAGAGACAGCGCCUUCUGGUGGAAGAGGAGAGACUCAAGUAUUUGAAUGAAGAGGAGCUCAUCAUCCAGCAACUUCAUGAUUUGGAGAAGUCUGUGGAGGAGAUCCAAAAGGACUCGUCUGUCAACCACAAGCUGGUGACGGUGCAGGAGCUGGAGGAGAAGGCCGGUGUUUUGAGAAAACUGGGAGAAACACUCACGGAUCUGAAGAACCAGUUCCCGGGCCUUCAAAGUAAAAUGCGAGUCGUCCUCAGGGUGGAAGUGGAGGCUGUCAAGUUUCUCAAAGAGGAGCCGCACCGACUUGAUGCUUUGUUAAAACGCUGCAAGACGAUUACCGACACCCUCAACACCAUGCGCAAACAAGCAAAAGACGGGGUGUGGAAAAAGCCAGAAGACUUCUCCAAUCCAAAGCACAAUGAGGAUUUGCGUAAGUUUUCUGACUUCGACCUCCCCACCAGCCCCCCUCUGACCAUCACGGACCUGAGCGGUGGUAACAGCCUGUCCAACUGGAGUCCCGCCUCCAGCCUGAGCCGCUCCUCUGUCAAAGACAAUCACCCCCCCAUCGGCCACAAGGGAAAGGCCCUGGAAGAGCUGGAACGCCGGUCUGCUGCAGACAAGGCGCUGUCCGUGGAAGUCCGACUGGCAGCGGAGCGUGACUGGGAGGAGAAACGAGCCAGUUUGACCCAGUACAGUGCCCAAGACAUCAACCGUCUGCUGGAGGAGACCCAAGCCGAGCUCAUGAAGGCCAUCCCAGACCUGGACUGCCUGGCUGCCAAACAGACCAAACCCUCCACCAACAGCCCCACCCCCAACUCCCAGACCCCCCACAACCCCCAGGUUACCCAUAACCCCCAGACCAUACAGUCAGGAUCAGCCACCCUAGAGCACCGCACAAGCAAACCACAGCACAAGCUCGCCGGCAGAGAGGGAGGCUCCAGGCGCGGCUCAGAUGAGUUAUCAGUGCCUCGGUAUCGCACAGAGAAACCAUCCAAGUCCCCCCCUCCUCCCCCACCCAGACGCAGCUUCCCCUCAUCUCCAUCUCCAGGACUGACCAGCCGGAGCGGAGAGCCCUUAGUUCCUGGAAAACCCGUAAAGAAGUCGGAGUCUGAAGAGAAUGAUGGACCAAAGCUUCAUAUAAAACUGAGGAGGACCGCUUCUGAAAACCCCCGCCCCGCCUCCACUCCCCCCACCCUGGCCUCUGGAGAGCGAGAAGACCGAGAGGAGGACAAAACUGCUGCUGAAUUAGAGGGAAGGCGCAUGUCUGCUGUCCCCCAGAUUGUGUUGACAGAGUGUUCACCCAUCCCCAUAAUGGAUCCUGUCUGCAAUUUAGCUAGUCACUCAUCUGAGCAUCAAAACUCGGCAUUCAAGCAAUCAUCCAAAGUCUCCGGCUAUGAAGACUUUGUCAAACCUGAAAAGGAGGAAAAACAGCUGGUUUUGUUGUUGACUGACAGUGAAAUUCGAGUAGUUACUUCUCUUGAUGUUGAGGAGUUUAAAAGGACUACAAGAGAUGGCCUGCGCUCUAUAACUAUCUCUCCAAAAACUACUGAAGUGUCUAGUCAAGAGAUUCUGAGUGAGCACCUGUGUGUAGUGGUUUUCCAAAAAGAACAAACUGUCAAAGAUGCAUACAAACGACUACAUAGCCUUUUGGUGUCAACUAGACCAGUACCCAAGCCGAGAACCAAAACUUCAACCUGUUCAGGUCAGCUGGAGAUUUUAGUGGAAGGUCUUCAGCGAGGGAGUGAAACUGGAGCGAGGGUAAUACAUCUCAAGUGCAACUCAAUGACAUCUACGGCCAACCAAAGAAAACCAACACAAGAUGUCUGUCGCAUGACUUACAAGCGAAUGGAUAGUUUAGAGGAGACGAUUCGCGAGUUGGAGAAUACUUUGAUCGAAAUCGAAGGGCAAUCGACCGUAGAUCAACUUUACACGGACCCCGCAGGUAUAACCAACCCGAGCCACUCCUCCUCUUCAUGCUCCUCCUAUGAGCCCAAGAAGCCCCCCGUCCCACCCAAGCCGACGUCUUUGAACCGAGGAGCUAACGGCACCGGUGCUAAAGUCACUCACUCCUCAGCCACAUCCAAACUGAAACAUCUGCAGCAGAACAGCACAGACAAGACCAAGAGCAUCAAACGAGAGGACAGCCAGAAGGUCCAGGGACAGCAGCAGUGAGUGGGUGGGUCCAACCUCCCUGUCGUCCCUUUGUCCACCAACAGCG